AAAUAUCUGAAAAUAAAUGAGUGUCACUUUUACAUUAAAUGGCUAACAAGUUAAAGCAAACAGUAGUGAAACAUUUAGAAAUCUAUUUCAAGAUUAUGUGAAAUAAGGAUAAUUUAAUUCGAAAUAAUGGUUAGUCAAUGGAUAAUUAAUAAAAAUAACAAUUGAUUAAAAAACUAAGAUUUCAGCUUUAAUUUCAGAAAAUGAUAAUGUAUAAUGUUAGGUAAUUUAAUCAUAUAUAUAUUUUAGGAUAAAGGCACUUAAGCUCAAUAAAGCAACACUUUUUAACCAUUGGGUGGAUAAACAAACAAUCCUUUAGGUUAAUAACCAGUGCCCUCAUUUGUUUAAUAACCAGUGCCCUCAUUUGUUUAAUAACCAGUGUCCCCAUUUAAUAAUUAAUAGCCCCCUUUCCCCAUGAAUUAAUAGACAAACUAGCCUAAACCUUCUGAAUCACAAAUCCUUAAACCAACUGUAUAAUAAACUCAAGCUGUAUAAUAAAAUCUAGCUGCUCCAGCGAAUAAACCCUUUACAUUUGGUAAUACUUAAUAGCCUAUUGUUAAUAUACAAACUUAAACAAGAAAAGUAAUUAAUGAUACUAGUGGUUAAAAAGAAACGUAAUUCUUUUAUAUUAAAAAUUAGAGCAGCUAAAAUAAUUAAAGGAUAUAAGGUUUAGAUUACUGAUUAUGGAAAAAGAGUAAUAUUAGAAUCAUAAGAUGGAUCAUUCAAAGCUACUUUUUUAGAAGAAAAUGCCUCAGAAGUAUUUAUUAAUUUAAUUUUAUUAGUAAGAAUAAAGGAACAUUGUUCUAGGAUUUAAUGAUAUCGAUUAAAAACCAGAAAAUUAAGUUAAACUAGCAAUGGGAUAAGAUUAAUCUCAAUCAACUAAAGUUCUUUUCUUGAAAGAUUUCAAAGGAAUAGCUAUUAGAUGGGUUACAGGACUCUAAACCAAGUUUGAGUUUUGGCUUGACGAAUGAGUUAAUAUAACAUAAAAC